AUGCUCGGUGCUUGCUCUUCCCGACCUGCUGCCGAGAGUGUACCUGCCAUGAUUAGUCCUUCGAACCGUGUGCUGGUGUCGAAAGAUGGUCGCAAGAUUGGCUACGCGAUCAGCCCAGCCAAAAUAAGCGAAGACACGACCAAGGCGAUUGUCUGGUUUUAUCCUCUUUCAGGUUGCAGCCAAAUUGUAGACAAGGCUUCACCCUCGCUGAGCAAAUAUCAAGCCAGCGUAAUUUCGGUCGAUCGCCCGAGCGUUGGGGACACGGAUGCUUUGGCCGUCGAGAACAACCCAAUCGAGCGCAUUCAAGGUCACGCGGAUGAUGUCGUGGCCGUGCUUCACCAAGAAGGAAUUCGAAGUGUGAUUAAGGGAUUGACGCUUGUUGCACCAUUUGUCAGUACAUCUUGCAAGCAUUCGUGGAAAAUUGCCCGUCUUGGCAAUUGGGUUCCGUCACUGGUUUUGACGUGUGCAACCAAAACAAUAGCAUUUGGAGAGCCUCUCUUUCUGUCAAUGUUCUUGUCAGAAUCUGCUUUGAAGAAGCUUGUGAGUGAAGAAGAACAAGCUCUUUUUGGAUGGAAUGAUUCUGACUUCAAAGACAUUGUUGAUACAUUGCCUGUUGUGGGGAAAGUUACGGCAAAUGCGAAGGUAACAGAAGCCCAACUUGGAGCAAAUAGCAUGUGGCAACAAGUGUGUGAUGACUUUGCUGUUGAGAGUGGUUGUGGACUAGUGGUUGAGGAUGGGGAGGAAACUACGAAAAGUCCUAAUCAGCAAGGAACGGUACCAAGCUUUCCAAUUGUCAUUCAUGCGUGUCGCAAGGAUACGAUUGCUCCUUGUGCAGCAGUUGAAUGGUUGGCCAGACGCUGCUAUGGAAACUCGACAAUUAUUAUUCAUGAUGAGAUACACUCUCACGAAGUCAUGACAUUUCUUGGCGGCCCUCCACGGAAUCCUGGUCUUUUACAUGCAAUUGCGCGUGAUUGGGAGCUUCUAGAAUAA